CAUUCACUUCCGAAAAAUGAAACUAACACUUUUGUUGCUGAUGGGUGUAAAAUCCCAUCCUCAUAAUACACAAAAGUAGAAGAAAUAAAGCAAAAAGAUAAGAUUUAUAGCAAACAAAAGUAAGAGAAGUAAAUAAAAAAAGAUUAGAUUUACGUACAAACCCCUGGUCCCUGGUGGUGUGCUCCUAGAGAGAGAAAGACACAUAGAGGGGAGAGAGAGUGAGGGAGAGGGAGAGAGACAGAGAGAGAGAGAGACAGACGGAAGAGAAGGAAGAUAUGUCUCUAGUAUUAUAGUUUGAGAGAAAACUGGUGCUCUGGGUUUUGUUGGUUGUUGAAAAAAUAUAAUUUUGGAGAUGUCAGGUGGUGGUUGCAGUGUGGUUUGGUUCAGGAGAGAUCUGAGGGUUGAAGAUAACCCAGCUUUGGCAGCUGCAGUGAGAGCAGGAGGUGUGGUUUGUGUCUUCAUCUGGGCUCCUGAUGAAGAAGGCCCUUUUUAUCCUGGAAGGGUGUCAAGAUGGUGGCUUAAACACAGCUUGGCUCAUCUGGAUUCCUCCCUAAAAAGUCUGGGUGCUUCUCUCAUCACCAAAAGAUCCACUGACAGUGUGUCUUCUCUCCUUGAAGUUGUUGUUUCCACUGGUGCUACUCAACUUUUCUUCAACCACUUAUAUGAUCCUAUGUCACUGGUUAGGGAUCACAGGGCCAAGGAGGUUUUAACUGCUCAAGGCAUAGCUGUGCGUUCCUUUAAUGCGGAUUUGCUCUACGAACCAUGGGAUGUUAUUGAUGUCCAUGGUCGCCCGUUCACAACCUUCGAUGCCUUUUGGGGAAGAUGCCUUAGCAUGCCAUAUGACCCGGAUGCACCACUUCUCCCCCCUAAGAGAAUUAUUUCAGGUGAUGCAUCAAGGUGUCCUUCUGAUACAUUGGUUUUUGAAGAUGAAUCCGAGAAGGGAAGUAAUGCACUUCUUGCUCGAGCAUGGUCACCUGGGUGGAGUAAUGCUGAUAAGGCUCUGACUACAUUUAUAAAUGGACCCUUACUUGAUUACUCUAAUAACUGCAGAAAGGCUGAUGGCGCUACAACAUCUUUACUUUCUCCCCAUUUGCAUUUCGGGGAGGUGAGUGUGAGAAAGGCAUUUCAUCUUGCUCGUAUGAAGCAGGUUGUUUGGGCCAAUGAAGGCAACAAGGCUGGUGAAGAGAGUGUAAACUUGUUUCUGAAGUCUAUUGGUCUUCGGGAAUAUUCAAGAUACAUUAGUUUUAAUCAUCCUCGCAGUCAUGAAAGACCUCUUCUUGGGCACCUAAAGUUCUUCCCCUGGAUUAUAGAUCAGAACUAUUUCAAGGCAUGGAGACAAGGUAGAACUGGCUAUCCAUUGGUGGAUGCGGGCAUGAGAGAGUUGUGGGCCACUGGUUGGCUACAUGAUCGAAUACGAGUAGUAGUUUCUAGUUUCUUCGUAAAGGUUCUGCAACUUCCAUGGAGAUGGGGAAUGAAGUACUUCUGGGAUACACUCUUAGAUGCUGAUCUUGAAAGCGAUGCUCUUGGUUGGCAGUAUAUAUCUGGUACUUUACCUGAUGGUCGUGAACUUGACCGCAUAGAUAAUCCACAGUUUGAGGGUUACAAAUUUGAUCCAAAUGGAGAAUAUGUGCGGAAGUGGCUUCCUGAACUUGCUAGGCUACCAACUGAAUGGAUACACCACCCGUGGAAUGCACCAGAAUCUGUACUACAAGCAGCUGGAAUUGAAUUAGGAUCGAAUUACCCUCUACCUAUUGUAGGAAUAGAUGCAGCGAAAAUCCGGUUGCAAGAAGCUUUAUCAGAGAUGUGGCAGCACGAAGCUGCUUCAAGAGCCGCUGUUGAAAAUGGGACUGAAGAAGGGCUUGGAGACUCCUCUGAAUCAGUGCCAAUUGCCUUUUCUCAAGACAUACAAAUGGAGGAAAAUAAUGAACCCGCGAGGAACAACCCUCCUGGCACUCGGAAGUAUGAGGAUCAAAUGGUCCCAAGCAUUACUACUUCUUUGGUUAAAGCUGAAGAGGAAGAAACUUCUUUGGAAUUUCAAAAUUUGACAGAAGAAACCAGAGCGGAAGUGCCUACAGACUUAAUUGUGAAUCAGGAACCAAGAAGAGACAUAUUAAACCGAGGGGUUUUUCAGACUAUUCAUAACAACGCUCUUCCACAAUCCAAUGCUGCAAUAGGGCUGCAACACGCUGUUGAAGAUUCGACUGCAGAAUCUUCCAGUAGCACUAGGCGAGAGAGGGAUGGAGGUGUAGUUCCAGUUUGGUCUCCUUCAAGUUCUAGCUACUCGGAGCAGUUUGGGAGUGAAGACAAUGGCAUUGGAACAGGUUCGUACUUGCAGAGACAUCCUCAGUCUCACCAAAUAAUGAAUUGGAGGCGGCUAUCUCAAACUGGGUAAAAAAUCUUGAACAAAUCACCAAUAUCCACUAUGAGACUAUGACUGAAAUAAAGAGUCUGUUGGGUUCUUUGUUCAAACAAACAAUUUUGAACCUUCAUCUUGCAGUUAAGAGCUUCGAGACAUAUCACAAUAUGGAAUUGAUCUGCUGGUCUCGUAUGCAUUACUUAAAUUUCUCAAGCUUCGACGUUCUGAAAUGAUAUAUCACAAAGCAAUAAGUGAAUGCCAAUUUGUUUGAGAUAGAGUUCAUGUUUUCAUUCGCACGCUAGCAGUCUCAUUGUUUCCUCAAUGUUUCUUCUUUUACAGGUGAAACAUAUAGAUGCAAAUAGGAGAACGGAAAGAGUGCUGUGCGGCGUAAUGGUGCACACCAUCUAAUGGAUUCGGGAAGGUGAACUUGUCAUCCGCAUUGAACGUACAACUCUUCUCUGGCACGAGUGCCCGUAACAGCAGUAGACCUCCUGUGUGUAUGAUAUAUUCUAAUUAAUACAGGCAACUUAUUAGCUAUCCAUUUUUUUUUUCUUGUUCCACCAUAAUGUAGCUCUGGUGUACAGCAAUGUUGUAUUUAUAAAGGAAGAGAGUGAAGUAAGAUAUGUAGUCUUUGAAUAAACUCUGGUGUUUUUCUCUCAUUCUAAUUGGUAACAGAUGCUUGUAACA